CCCCCCCCCCCCCCCCCCCUCAUAAACCCUCCUUCCCGUCCAAGGAAGUGAACCAACACCCAUCAUGCGCAACAUCUUCUCCAGCGCCUUAGUCCUCGGCGCGCUGCUCUUGACGCCGCCGCCAACUGUGAACGGACAACAGGCGUCUUGCGACUCGCCCAUCUACUGCCCGGGCCCGCUGUUGGAUCGGAUUCAGAGAGCUAAAUUGUUUAAUGAUUCCAAGACUUUCGUAGACAAACCAACGAAAAAACCCGUCUCGGCCGUCCUCGCCGCCUUCGCCGCGCUCCCGCCCACUGCCACCCGCGACGACCUCCUGCGCUUCGUCGACGACAAUUUCGGCCAAGAGGGCACCGACCUCGAGGCCAUCACGCCCCAGGACUGGAAGGCCGACCCUAAAUUCCUCACUGGCAUCUCCGCCCAGCCGUUGAGAGAAUGGGCCGGCGUGAUUCAUGGGUAUUGGAAGGAUUUGUCGAGGAGGGUGGGGAAUGCGACGAGUGCGUGUGAGGGGUGCGCGAAUAGUCUAUUGCCGCCUAAGAAGCCCUUUGUGGUGCCUGGUGGGAGGUUCCGGGAGAUCUAUUACUGGGACACGUACUUUGUCUUCUUGGGAUUGGCAUUGAGCGAGAUGAACCAGACCAUGAGCGACAUGAUCGACAACUUCUUGGACUACGUGGACAAGUACGGCUUCAUGCCAAACGGCGCCCGAAUCUACUACCUGAACCGCUCGCAACCCCCCGUCCUCACCCAAAUGGUCUCCCUCUACCUCCAAUCCACCAACAAUACCUCCUCCCUCUCCCGCUGGCUCCCCCUCCUCGACAAGGAAUACGACUUCUGGCACCGCAACCGCACCGUCACCGUCACCCGCAACAACUUCUCCGCCCAACUCAACCGGUACGAUGUCACCAACUCCCAGCCAAGGCCGGAGUCGUAUGCGGAGGACGCGGCGACGGUUGAAGGUGGGAAUUUUACGGCCGCGCAGGCGGCGGAACUGUAUGCGGAUAUUGCCACGGGAGCGGAGUCGGGGUGGGAUUUUAGCUCGAGGUGGGUGGACAACCCCGUGAAUGGAUCGACGCAGGACCAGAAUCUGAGGAGGCUGGUCACGACGGAGAUCAUCCCUGUCGACUUGAACGCUAUCCUCUACGCCAACGAAGUCACGCUGCGCGACCUGCACGCCAAGUACGGGGACGCGGCACAAUCGCUGAAGUACAAGCGUGCCGCGGAGGACAGGCAAUUGGCGAUGUGGAACAUCCUGUGGAACGACGACCUGGGCCAGUUCCGCGAUUGGGACAGACACGAUUCGUCGGUGGUUGAAUGGACCAGCGCGAGUUUCUGGCCGCAUUGGGCCGGGGUGGCCGAUACCGACCCCCGCGGGAAGAACGCUACAAGCAAAGGAGACACAUGCCAGCGUGUAGCGGGGGCGUUCAAGAUCCUCGAACAGGUCGAGUUACCUGGCGGUAUCCCCACCACGCAAGUCACGACGGGCUUGCAGUGGGAUUACCCCAACUCAUGGCCGCCACAGACGUACAUCGCUCUGAACGCACUCCAACGCACGCAAAAGAUGUGUCCCAACACGACUGUGCCGCUCGGAAUCUACAUCGACACCCUCUCCACCAAUUUCAUCCGUCAAUCCUUCUGCUCCUGGCGCGAGACCGGCGGCGCGCUGCCCUCGCUCCCCGCAAUCCAAUCCGGCGGUGCGUCUACUUCCGGCGGGAAGGACGACGGGCACAUGUUUGAAAAGUACAACGUGACGCAAGUCGGGGCCAGUGGGGGUGGGGGGGAGUAUACCGUGCAGACAGGGUUUGGGUGGACGAACGGGGUCGUGCUGUCGAUCUUGCAUAGUCAGGGGGCGCAGUUGGGUGUGCCUGGUUGUGAGGUUGCUGCGACGACGGGGGGUGGGAAUGGGACCUCGGGCGGCGGAGGUGGGAACAGUACUGCGGGGAAUUCGGCGAAUUCUGCGGGACAUGGGAUGAAGGCUGCUGCGCCUGUGUGGGCCGCUGCCGUCGUUUCUGUCGUGAUGUGGAUGGCGCUUUGAUGACGUUGUCCUACUUGUAAACCGUGUUUUUCACCCCGCCUUUUUCUUUUGCACAUUCGUCUUUUGAACCCCUUUUCCUUGGGUGGUACAGUAUAUCUCGUGGGAUCUGACACUUUGAGUCCUCGCUCGUCCUUUCCCUUCCCCAGUACUCCCGUUUCCUGUAGAUUAUUACUGUACAUUUGGCCAAAAGUUCCCCUUUCGAAAUCGUCUUGUUGAGAACGAGUUUCGUUGCCGUUGAUCAACGCGUCGAGGGGUGGGGUCAGCCCGUCGUGACGCGUUAGGUCAUCGGAUGCGCGUCACCCGCGGCUAAAUUUAGGAUGCAUGGGUGGAUCACGUUUCUCACCUUUUUUAAGCCAAUUUUUGGUCUCUUCUUCCA